UCUCCAUUUUAACUCCUCGCCCAGCCUGCACCUCACGUGUCCUGGACUGUCUUUCUCACAUGACCCGUGUGUUUGUCCCCGUGAUCAGAGCUUCCAUCUCCCGUAUUUCAAGUGUCGCUGAAUAUCGCAUUUUUAAAACCGCUCGCCUUCAUGGAUAUGCUCGAUCAGAGCUUGGACACCUCGACGAGUCACGAGAAACAGGAAACUGAGGAGGUUGUUCAGCUGCAGGAGGGAGAGGGGGUGGGAGCGGAGGAGCAGGCAGCCGUUACAAUAGCGAGCGUCCAGCAAGCGGCAGCCUUUGCAGACCACAAUGUUCAGUAUCAGUUCCGGACAGAGAACACUGGUGGACAGGUGACAUAUCGUGUGGUCCAGGUAACAGAGGACCAUUUGGAAGGAGAUGGAGGAGCAGCAGUCAGUGUAGUGUCCACAGCCUUUGCAGGCGCACAGCAAGCAGUAGCACAGGCUGUCAUCCAGAACCCUUUUAGUAAUGGAGGCAGUCCAGCGGGUGAAACGGUGGGGGGAGAGACACGCUUUGCCUACUUCCCAGCAGCAACUGUCACUGACGGUACAGCUACAGCUGUCUCAGUGCAGGCCACGUCUGAUCCGACCCUCACACAGGCUGGAGGUCAGUUUUACGUGAUGAUGAGUCCACCAGAUGUUUUACAGACUGGAACACCACGGACCAUUGCCCCUCGUACACACACUUACUCUACAGACCUUGGUGAACGUGAGAGUCUUCAACACAGCAGAUCAGAAUGGAAAAUUGAUGGCCCCCGGGCACCUCGUGACGAGAGAAGGAGAGCACAGCACAAUGAAGUGGAAAGGAGAAGAAGAGACAAAAUCAACAACUGGAUUGUCACACUGUCUAAAAUCAUCCCAGACUGCAAUAUGGACAAUACCAAAACAGGAGCAAGUAAAGGAGGCAUCCUGUCUAAAGCAUGCGACUACAUUAGAGAACUCCGACAGACUAACCAGAGGCUGCAGGAGAGCUACAAGGAGGUGGAGAGAAUACAAGUGGACAAUGAGCUACUAAGACAACAGAUUGAAGACCUGAAAAAUGACAAUGCACUGCUCAGAGCUCAACUACAACAACAUGGCCUGGAAAUCAGUGAGACUACAUCACAGUGACAAAAAAAAAACAACAAAAAAAAAAAAAAAAACAUUCUCACGAAUAAAAAAAAAAAAAAAGUGAUAGUGACAUGGAGAAAUAAUCCCUCAAUGACUUGCUUGUACACGCCUCAUCACAGAGUUAAGAUGUUCUGCACCUCAAGUAGGGUAUGAAUGCUUAUGUGAUACACAGACACACAUCCUUCUGAUAAGAGACUGUGACCAUUUUGAAAUUAACAUCUGCUGUACAAGCACAUUUUGUUUUCUCCGUCACUUCCGUGAGAAUUCAACCACUUGGACUCGACUGAUAUGGAAUAACCCUCAUCUUCCAGAAGUAUUCUGCUUGCCACAGGUUUAUGUCUUUAGCUUCAAUCUUGGAUUUGUGAACCAAUUAUUUGCCUGCUAAUGCCUAAUGCUCAUCUUUUGUUCUGUUUGAAACAUUUUGUGGAUUUAAUUUUUGCUACAUAGUGCAAAUUUUACUACUGUCUCUUAACACGACAGAAGGUCUUUUUUCGAGGGUUCUUCGGUAUUGUAUUUAUUAGCUUUCAAGAAAUUGCGUAGCAGCAGGUAUACAAAACCUUUGCAUUUGGCUGAUGUUUUGAAGUCGAUUUUUGUUUUUCUGUCUUGUAGUCUUUCCAUAUAUCAGACUUUGUGAAAUACAUUCAUCAGGCUGAUCAAAGACUUGAUAUCGUGGCACAUCAAGACUAAUUUACAGUACAAGUUUGCUUAGAAUGUAAAUGAAAGUGCAUAGAGUAUGUUUUUAUUUAAAAUGGAGACUUGUGAUAUCUAAAACUGCAUUACCUAUAAAUCUCAGUUUUCAGAGUACAUUAUAUUUAAUGCACUGUAAUUUUAGUGAAGGAUGAACGAGUAGCUCAGGGUUUUGAGGUGCAGGAAAAUAGCCUAGGAUCUCCCCACUAACCUUGUAAUCCUGCACUUUUUCCCCUUUGGCUUUAACAUACUAGAUUCAAACAUGUACUCUAUAUAUAUAUAUCUCUCUCAUGUAUUUCAACCAGUUGUUCUUAAGUCAUUAAUUGAUUCAAAGAAAUGUACUUCAUAAGCCCUAAUUCCCUGGCUUGUUUAUCUACGGCAAAUAAAAUGGAAGAUGCACAAUAGAAACAGAUAGAAUUGCUACUGCUAGUAGUGUUCUGGCUUAUUUUAUUGUAGCUUAUCUUCCAUCUUAUUUUGUAACAUUCCUAAUUUAGGUCGUUGAUUUAGACAUUGAUCAACAACACCAUUUUGAUCAAUAAAAUUGGAUUUGAGCUUUAAAAUUUAUCAACCUCCAUUUAAUUAUAAGAGUGUGAACAUUAAUAACUGAUGGCAAUGAGAGUUACUGUUAAUGAGCUAUGCAUAAGGAAAUCAAACAUACUUUUAAAGUGAACCGAUUUAUUUUCUUUAACCUUCUUAAUAGUGUUAGUGUUUACUAGUUAAUCUAGGUUUUAAGGCCAGAAGACCUAAGUCUUGGAAUGAAAAGGGCUUAGGUCUACUGGCUUAGGUCUCCUAAGACUUGGAUUUGCGUGAUAUAGGACCUUUAAGGCCAUCUCUCACAGCCUUGUUUUCAUUCAUGUUUAAUUCAAUAUGUCGUCUAACCUGAAGGUCUAUUCAGGUCGGAGUUUUUCCCUUCCUAGUCAGGCUUAUUGCAGAGUUUGAAUAAUAUAAUGCUAGAUUACAAAAAUAAUACUUUAGACUGUUUACUGCAACCAAUCACGAGGUGGUGGUGGUGGUAUCCUCAAGUUAAAUCACAAACAACCUGUGAUCAUAGCAUACCAAGGCCUGGUAUCACUGACGGGGCUUAGCUGAAACCAGGACUAGCACUUUCAUUAAAUUAUGGUAUUUAAGCAACUUUUAUAAAAAUGCCUUUGAAGAAAACAUUACCGGUCUGUAUCUUGUGACAGAACAAUGGCACUGACAUAUUUUAAGAUAUGCCAGAGCAAGUUAUUUUCAGUUGAGACAGCUCAAACAUUCAUUUUAGUCUUGGACUAGCCUUAAGACUUGUCUGUGAAACCGGAGGAAAGUGUUGAACCAGUGAAACAUCAAAAUAUAUUUCACAUAGCAAUACAGAGAGGGCACAGAUGACCUUUAAGCACUCUCUCUGUCCUCUUCACAGUAUUAAUGCUGUACUUGAAUGACUGUUGAGUCCAGAACCAUAGUCUAAUGCACUGCUACUUUUAAAUUAAAGCUUAGAAAGAAUAUUUUUAUUAAUGUAUGUCUGAUUGAAUUGAGGAACACUUAGCAUGACAUUCUUACCACUGGUUUGAUAUCUAUAAGCUAUACAACAACAACAACGUUGCGUUUGUCGUGCCUAAUGACUGUUGAUGUUUAUGUAUGUACUUAUAUAAAAGAGAAACCCAGAGUUACAAUAUGUAGUUAUUUUUCUUUGAAAGAAACAAAAAUUCUAAAAUAAAUGUGAAAAAAGCUGUCAA